AUGAGAACCGACCUGACCACCUUGGCCGCGGCCCUGCUCCCUCUGGGGGUGAGCUGCAACUACCUCCCUCUCAUCAGCUCUGCUUCGUACAGUGCAGUGAACAGCAGGGCGGAUGUUCUGCCCCCUUACAAGAACUCUUCGUACUCGGUCGACGAGCGUGUAGAGGACCUCAUCAAGCGCAUGACCAUUGAAGAGAAGGCCGGUCAGCUCUUCCACUUCAUGGUCAGCCAGGGUCCCCUCAACGAUUCGACCCGGGGCAACAGCACCGACACCAUGGUGGCCAAGAUGCUCCUGAGCCACUUCAACCUGUCGGGCGACCUGGUCGACGCCAAGGAGACGGCCAAGUUCAUCAACGAGGUCCAGCAGCUCGCCCUGCAGACCCGCCUCGGCAUCCCCGUCACCAUCUCGUCGGACCCGCGCCACAGCUUUACCGAGAACCUUGGCACGGGCUUCCGCGCCGGCGCCUUUUCCGAGUGGCCCGAGUCGCUGGGCCUCGCCGCCAUCCGCGACCCCAGCCUGGUCCGCAAGUUCGCCGAGGUCGCCCGCGAGGAGUACCUCGCCGUGGGCAUCCGCGCCGCCCUGCACCCGCAGGUCGACCUGGCCACCGAGCCCAGGUGGGCCCGCCUCGGCAACACGUGGGGCGAGAACGCCACCCUCACCUCGGAGCUCCUGGUCGAGUACAUCAAGGGCUUCCAGGGCGAGGAGAUCGGCCCCCGCAGCGUCACCACCGUCACCAAGCACUUCCCCGGCGGUGGCCCCAUGGAGAACGGCGAGGACUCGCACUUUGUCUACGGCAAGAACCAGACCUACCCCGGAAACAACUUUGACUACCACCUUAUCCCCUUCAAGGCCGCCAUCGCCGCCGGCGCGAGGCAGAUGAUGCCCUACUACUCCCGCCCCAUCGGCACCAAGUACGACCCCGUCGGCUUCUCCUUCAACAAGCAGAUCGUCACUGGCCUGCUCAGGGAAGAGCUCGGGUUCGAGGGCAUCGUGGUCUCCGACUGGGGCCUGAUCACCGACGGCGUCAUCCUCGGACAGGACAUGCCUGCCCGCGCGUGGGGCGUCGAGCACCUGUCUGAGCUCGAGCGCGCCGCCAUGGUCCUCAACGCCGGCGUCGACCAGUUUGGCGGCGAACAGCGGCCCGAGCUGAUCGUGCAGCUGGUCAAGGAGGGCACCAUCAGCGAGGAGCGCAUCGACGUGUCCGUCAGACGUCUGAUGCGCGAAAAGUUCCUCCUCGGCCUGUUCGACAACCCCUUUGUCGACCCCGAGGCCGCCGCCAAGCUGGUCGGCACCGAGGAGUACCUCCGCCUGGGCAAGGACGCCCAGCGCAGGGCCUACACGCUCCUGACCAACAAGGACGAGAUCCUCCCGCUCAAGAACACCGACGCCGCGACCAAGUUCUACGUCGAGGGCUUCAACGCCACCCUCCUCGAGGCGCGCAAGUUCACCGUCGUCAAGACGCCGCAGGAGGCCGACCUGGCCCUCCUCCGCCUGCAGGCGCCGUACGAGCCGCGCCCCGGCGGCUUCGAGGCCAACUACCACGCCGGGUCGCUCGAGUUCAACGCGACCGAGAAGGCGCGCCAGGCCGCCAUCUACUCGGCCGUGCCCACCAUCGUCGACCUCAUGCUCGACAGGCCGGCCGCCGUCCCCGAGAUCUUUGAGAGCGCCGCCGCCGUGCUCGGCAGCUUCGGCAGCGGCAGCGAGGCCUUUUUGGAUGUUGUCUUUGGCCAGGCCUCGCCCGAGGGAAGGCUGCCCUUUGACCUGCCCCGCUCGCAAAAGGCUGUCGAGGCGUCGAGGGAGGACGUGCCGUACGACACUGAGAACCCCGUCUUUAGGUUUGGUGAUGGUUUGAGGUAUACCCAGUAA